AUGUCUCGCAUCCUGUUCCAGUCGGAGACGGCGAAUGGUACUGCGGUGCCCGCUUCAGCAUAUGUGCUUUGGCCUUGGAUGCCUCGCACCGAUCCUAAGACCGGUCGUCUGGCCGUCGUAGGCUGGGGCCACGGCACUUCUGGCACGUUUGGCGAUUGCGCGCCAAGCCAUAUUCGCAAUCUGUGGUAUCAGUACUCCGCUCCUUACAUUCUGGCUUUGCAAGGCUAUAUUGUCGUGGCUCCAGACUAUGCAGGUCUCGGCGUCACUCACGAUCCCCGGGGUGAGAAGAUCAAGCAUACCUGGAUGGCAGCAAAUGCUUCGGCAAACGAUCUUUUCCAUUCUGUGAAGGCUGCACAGGAUGCUUUCCCGGAGUUGAGUUCGAGAUUCGUACUCAUGGGCCACUCACAGGGCGGUCAGGCUGCGUGGGCCGCUGCUGAGCGGCAAGCACGAAGACCAGUUGAUGGUCAUCUUGGCACGAUUGCUGGAUCGCCUGUGACCGACAUCGAGUUGCAAUUGCAAUUAUACCCGCAUUUGGCUGCCUUGAUAGGACCUUUUGCAGCGGCCGGCUUGAAUUCAGUGCUUCCAGAAUAUUCUGCUGCAGACUUCCUGACUGAAGCUGGUCUCCGACGCUUCGAAUUAUUCGAGGAGCUUAAAGGCUGUAACAACAUUGCUUGGGUGCUUUGGGAUGAGCCUGGCCUCGUCCGCGCCGAUCUUCUUAACACCUCUGCCUUGCAAGCCUUCAAACCGCUCGCCAGACUUGGCGGCCGGCCUAUUGGGGGACCUUUACUUGUGCUGCACGGCACCGUCGAUUCUCUGGUUCCUCCGCAGCUGUCCACGCAAGCCGUUGACGAGACCUGUACAAACUAUCCCGAGAGUCAGCUGGAAUUUGCGCUAUUCAAUGGUACGGAUCAUGUUCCAACUCUGUAUGCUGGUCAACGUAUUUGGCUCGAUUGGAAUGCAGAUCGAUUCGCGGACAAAGAAAUUCUACCUGGCUGCGUGAGGAGGAACUACAGCUCCUACCAUCCCCAGGAAAGCUAUCAGGCAACUGGAAACUACUACCUAGAGUACGCGACUCAGCCAUUCCAGGUCGCAUGA